AGUAAUUAAGUUCAUAAAUGUAAUGAAUGCUGACGGUGACUCUCUGCCACAGAUCAAAGAUUAAUUAGGUAAUAGGUAUUGAGCUGUCUUGAGACUAAUUAGGUCUUACCUCAGCCGCUCCCCUCUGACGAACUGAUCUUAGGCUUCCGACCCCCCUUUUCACAGGCUCUUUAUUGAUGACAAAUCAUGCAAUAAGCGACCACCGUACAAUUUUACCAAGGGGUUACCUGGUUCGAAACCACCUUUGGUCGUUGCGUUCUCCCGUAGUUAGCCCCUAAUUAUCGAUCGAUCAGUCAACAAUGCCGCCCCCGUCUGUCAUCCGCCGCAACCCGCCCAGCGCCGUCGUCUACGACCUGUCGGUCCCCCACCAAGUCACCAUCACCCUCCCCGCCGGCUCGACCUGGACGAGCGGCCUCCACUGGCACGAGACGCACACCGAGUACCUCCGCCUGGUCAACGGCCGGAUCCGCCUCCGGCUCGGCGACGCCGUGCAGACCGUCUCGGCCUCCCCGGGGGGCUCGUUUCCAUCGCCGCCGCCGCCGCCGCCGGAGGAGAUCCGGGUCGACAGGGGGGUUUGGCACGAAUGGAGUCGCGCCGCGCCAUCUGAGAAGAAACCACGGUCGGCUGGGGAAGAGGUAGCUGCCGAGGACGAGGAGGACGAGGAGGAGGAGGAAGAAGAGGUAGUUGUGGUCGAGAGGACGGAGCCGGCCGACGGCGACAAGUCCGUCUUCUUCUGGAGCCUAAACGGGGUCAUACUCGAGGCCGAAGCCGAGGCCGCGGCCCGGGCCCUGCGAACGACUGCCACGGGCAGGCUGGCGGGUGUAUGGGCCGGGCUCCGGACGACCCUCAGCCUAUGGGCCAUCUUCGACGCGCUCGACAACUUCCCCGUGCUCCUCGGCGUUCGGGACGCCGGGCGGCGUCGGAGGCUCGUCGAGCGGGGCUCGCGGGGUGACGCCUGGCUCACUUGGUGGGAAACGAGGUGGUCCCAUGCCGUUCUGACCAUCGCGGUCGUCUUGGUGUGCGCGGCUGGGGAGCACGCGGUCCGGCCGCGGUUCACCCCGGCGGAGGAGUACGCGGCCUGGGUACUGCGGAAACAAAGGGCGAACAACACCGCGGCGCCGGGCCGUACCUAAGGUAAUGGUUGGGUAAUAGUUAUUUAAUUACACAAGGCAGGAGGGCUAAAGUGGAAGGAAUGGUGUUGA